CUCACCUCCAACUACUCAGUGCUUCCUCUCCUUUCUGCUCUCUCCUUCUGUCUCUGCCUCUCUUUCCUCCUCUAUAAUUCCUCUUUCUCUCUUUCUCUAUCUCUCCAUCACUCUCUCUGUCUCCUUUGUCAGUGUGCUCUGACUCCUGGUCACUCAGCUACUCUAUUCAAUCCUGUCCAGCUGUUGUACUCAAGCCAGGACCCAGUGUCAACACUCAAGACCAGCUGCAAAAAUGGCAAUGAGCAGUAUCCUGAACAUUGAUGACAUUAAGAAAGCCCUGGAUGCAUUCAAAGCUGCUGACUCAUUUGACCAUAAGAAGUUCUUCGAGAUGGUGGGACUGAAGGCAAAAUCGGCUGAGGAUGUGAAGAAGGCAUUCCACGUACUGGACGCCGAUAAUAGCGGUUUUAUAGAGGAAGAGGAGCUCAAAUUUGUGCUGAAGGGCUUUGCUACCAACGGAAGAGAUCUGACUGAUAAAGAAACUAAAGCCUUCUUAAAGGCAGCUGAUAAAGACGGAGACGGAAAGAUUGGAGUGGAAGAGUUUGCUGCGCUUGUCCAUGAGUAAACAACACUGUCCAGGCCAUCACAUUGCCCUAAUGACUCCUGACACACUCCCUGCACACACACUAACACACACAUUGCACAUUUUCACUCAUGUCCUACUAUCAUGAUAUGUAUGUAUUUAUGUAUUUAUUUAUUUAUUAUUUUUUUAUACAAAUGUGAUUCAGUGUUAGUGUACAGGUGAAGAGGUGCAAACCUUCAUCUUGGAAGUACAGUAUAAGUGGUAAAUCUUUUCAGAGGAAUAGCCCAACUCCUUCAUCUGGAUUAUUCUGCAUUCUAUUUUAUUUCUCACUUUCCCUUCUCCAUUUAUCAGUUGAUCAUUUGUUCUUUUCUCUACUCCUUGGCAUUGCUUUUCCAUUGCCCUGUCUCUAUCUUUCCCUCACUCCUUUCUUUUACAGAGCUGUUGUGAAAUACACCAAAUGAAGUAGGUCAAACUGUGAAAGAAAAAAAUAAAAUAAGACAAUAUGC